AUAGGGAGACAUGAACCGGAAAAGGUGCCAAAGAGGUAUGGAAUUAGAAUUUUGAAAUUAGAGCUUGUUGAUGUUUGUGGGACUGGACGGAAUAAAUCUUCUCCAUCUUCUCAUCUUCUGGCUGCAGCCUGCAAACAGGUUGUAAUCCAAAUACAGAGUAAGUGGAGAGAGGAUAUCGCUUCGGCCUCCACUUCUUUCUUCUGUGAAGGUGAUCGACUCAUUUUUCGAGAAUUGAUUGAACGACGAGUUCGCAGUUCUUUUCCGCAUAAUUGGGGUAUUGCUGUCUUCUCACCGAUAAAGGCAUGCAUGCGCAGUGAUCUGAAAGAACGUCAUCUGGAAUUAAAUAAUCAUAAAUUAUCACCUCUCCCAAAUGACAUCGCUGUUCAUGGGA